AUUCGGCUCUUCAUUCACGACCCGAUAACGACAACGCCAUGCCUCCCAAAGCCGGAACCAAGGGCGCAAAGCCCAAGCCCCAGAAGCAGGCCAAUGCCGCCGCCAAGGCAGUCCUGAAGGGCACGUAUGCGGGCAAAGUCAGGAAGGAGCGCAAGUCGACGACGUUCCGUCGCCCCAAGACUCUGCAGCUCUCCCGCGCCCCCAAGUACCCCCGCGUCUCCAUCCCCAAGCAGCCCCGCCUCGACGCCGGCAAGAUCCUCAUCCAUCCGCUCAACACCGAGUCCGCCAUGAAGAAGAUUGAGGAGAACAACACCCUCGUCUUCAUCGUCGACACCAAGGCCAACAAGCGCCAGAUCAAGCAGGCCCUGAAGAAGCAGUACGACGUCGACACCGUCAAGAUCAACACCCUGAUCCGCCCCGACGGCACCAAGAAGGCGUUCGCGCGGUUGACUGCUGACGUUGAUGCGCUCGACAUUGCCGCCACCAAGCUCAACAUUGUCUAAGUGUGCGUGGGCACAGCGUUUAAUUGCAUGGGGUACUUGGGACUACUGGGACAAAAUCCGGUUAUGCAUGGCGUUUAUCAAUGGGCAUAUAGUCAUGAUGGGAAUCCAAAAAUCACGACCAGUGCCCUACUCAUUUCGAAU